AUGAAUGACGUAUCAUCGACUCGUGGCAUUACCCCUUCGCUCGACGCUAAUUGUGAUGAGGCGUCACGUGAGCCUACAUUGUUGUCUUCUAUUUCGACGCUCUCGAUUGGAUCGCCAAUAAAUUUUUCCAGUCUGCCGAAUGGCGGAUGCGAAACGCCGAUUCGGUACGUUUCUUACGAAUCGGAGCUUCAGAUGCCCUCUAUUAUGGAACUGAUCCAGAAGGACCUCUCCGAACCCUACUCCAUAUACACAUAUCGCUACUUUAUUCACAAUUGGCCCAAACUCUGCUUUCUCGCCGUGGACGGUUCCCGAUGCGUGGGUGCCAUUGUGUGCAAGUUGGAUCUCCACAAGCAUCUCGUGUCUCGUGGCUAUAUAGCUAUGCUUACUGUAGACAAAAGUUACCGUAAGCAACGCAUUGGAACUACUCUUGUCCUGAAAGCCAUAAGGGCCAUGAUAGCUGAUCAUGCCGAUGAAAUCGUGUUAGAAACCGAAAUAACCAACAAACCGGCUCUGAAGUUGUAUGAAAAUCUUGGUUUUGUACGUGAUAAACGCCUGUUCCGAUAUUACUUGAAUGGAGUUGACGCGCUCCGGUUGAAGCUAUGGCUCAAGUAG